UUAUGCAAAACAAUGUAAACAAAUUUUUUAUAAAAAACGCGGCAAAAUAUAAACUUAAGAAUUUGAGGCUUUUAAGUGCCUUUUUCUCGAAAAAUGCGAGUCUGCUUGACAACUAGUCUGCUGCAUAAAAAAGUAACGCGUAGUUCUAGCGACAUAAAAACCAAACGUCUAAAAAUAUCAAAAUUCUUACUAUUUGUGAAUUCAAAUCCACCUUCUAGCUCCACUCUUCACUUCCAACUUAACUUUCCUAUUACCAAUUCUUCACUUGGACUUUCUUUUUUAAAUAUGCUUACUAUCUUUUUUUUUAGUUUUUGCAACUUUUUCAAGAUGAAGGGAUCGUUCUUUUCUUUUUUUUGGUGUCGAGGGGUAACCAUUUUUUGCAAGUUAGCCGUUAAAAUCAUUUAAGCAAAUCAAAUUGAGUCUUUUCAUCACGUGACGUAAACCCGCUAGCAAAAUAGACAUACUUUUUUCGGACUUCAAAGAAAAUUUGGGAAACUUCAAAAAAUAAACACAACAACUCUCACAGAUAGACGGACAAAUUCUUCGUAGUAUUAUAAGAGACUAGACGAUAAGGCCCGUGGAAAAAUCCACUUAGGCAGAGUAUAGUAACAACGCAACUUUGGAAUUCACAAAAUUAUGAAAUUAUGAAAAAUAAAAGCUCUAAUUUUAUUUAUGAACAAUUGAGCCAGAGGAAAACGGCUAAAAUCGUAGCUUAGUCGUUAGAGCGUUCAACUCGUGUCCUGGAAUCGAGGUUGGAUUUCUAUAUCUCUCCAUAAGGCUGUUGUCUAGUUCGGUGAAAUUUCUGUAGCCAUGGAGCUUCAAAAAUUCGAAAACAGCCUUUGUGGUACCUCCUUAUAACAAUUGAAUGGAUAUAUAACCAUCACCAGUUUGAGACAGAAUUGCCAGAGAAUUUACAAACUGAAUGCAAAUUUCAAAUGUUUUGCAGGAGCUCAUAAUGAGAGGGGCCUUUUUUCUGCAACUUCGUAAAACACUUGGUAGAGUUAAAAAGUACUGCCGGGUUCUUGUAAUUAUUUAAUUAUAUGGGAAUAAAAUGUUAGUGUUAAUCAUGUUGAUUGCUUGUUGUUUGCAAUGGUUUUCUUUCUCACAUAUAAUGUGUAAAAUACUCUAAGAAACGCCCAGUCGCUAUUAAACGUCUGUACCCAAUAAACAGCCCCUCAUUGACAAAACUUGUGAAUUGUUUCAUUUUUUUUACGCUGUUUUAAGACACUUUAUGAAUAAUGCAUUUUUGAUAUUGCUAACAAAAAAUAUCAAAGGUUGAAUUGAUAUCACCUUGGUGAUUAAUUGAUAGCCAAUAUUGAAUUUACAUCAAAAUCACAAAACAUAAUUCUUCCAUUAUUUCUGUUGUUUAUCUUAUCGUCGUCGGUAAACGAAAGCGAUUCUGUUCUCUCUAUUGAAAUGCAAACAUGACAAAUGGGAUUUUAAAAGAAUACAUAACUUGCACAUUGAAAUGUUAAGCCAAUACAAGCGAACAUAUAAUAUAAAACAGACGUAAAAAAAUCUUAACAAGGAACAAAAUAAUAAAAUAGACGUUUACAAAUUUAUGGAAGAUCAUAAUCAAAGUCUAAAUAGCGCUAACAACGCUACAAAACAUGAAAUUAUUGUUUAUGAAAUUAUUUAUCUGUCUGUAUUGGAGAUUUUUAUCUUAGUUGGAAAUGUUCUCGUUAUAUUGGCGUUUGUUACAGGACCAAGAACUAUACGUACAUAUACGAAUUAUUUUGUUGUAAAUUUGGCUGUGUCUGACCUCAUGGUUGGAAGUUUGUCUGUCCCAUGUUGGAUACUGUACAAAUUAGAUAAAGCGGAGUUUAACAAAUACGCCAGUGCUUUGGAUAUGAUUUGUGGAACAGCUUCCAUUUUCUCACUAGCAGCUAUAAGCGUGGAGAGAAUGUUUGCAGUUAAAUAUCCAACUCGUCAUUUACACAUAUCAAGUAAAACUGUUUAUACCAGCAUCAUAAUAACUUGGGCAUUGGGGUUUAUGUUAGGAACUAUUAGCCUCAACUUGCCAGAAACAGGAGAGCAAAGCCUUGAUACACACUCCACCACAGCUUUUUUUAUCAUCGAAUUCGUUUUACCACUAAUUAUCAUUAUAGUGUCGUACAUCGUGCUUUUUUUUGCAGCUUUUAAUUUAUCCAAAGCAGACAAUCAAAGUAAAAGCAUAUCACGAGAGAUCAAUAUUGCAAAAACAAUAUCUGUUAUCAUUAGUUUGUUUAUAAUAUGCUGGGCGCCAUUUUUCGCUUUAAAUCUUUUAGUUGCAUACUGUCAAACAUGCAUGAACAGCGAUACUCACAUUGUAAUUGAUGUUGCCAAGGCUUUACACUACAGCAACAGCAUGAUGAAUUUUUUUGUUUACGCAGUACGGAGUCCUGCUUUUCGAGCAGCCUUCAAGUCUCUCUUAUGCAGGUGUAACAGCAUAAAAAUGAAACUUGGAUUAGGCGCCAUAACGUUAUCUUCACAUUAUAAAAGAACGUCUACCAACAAUAAUGUAACUAAGGUGCGUAAUAGCAGAGCAAGAAAUCAAAAAAAUCAGCCACAAGACAUAAUCAUGCUAAGAAAAGGUAUGAACAGGAAAAAAAAUGAAAAACCUGAUUUACAACUUCUUUCAGUUGUUUAAUCAGUAAUAAAUAAAUAUAAAAUAAAAUAAAUAAAUGAUUUUGUUGUAAAGUUUUUAUUCAAAAUAUCAUUUCUUUCCGGUUGCGCUUUGGUUGGUUCAACUGUGGUUAAAGUCGGUCAAAUAAUUUAGGUUUUUAUUAUAAUACGCAACAAUUAAGUACCCAUACACAGGGAGUUUUUUAAUUUUUUAGACCAAUGCUUUUACAUACAAAAGCAUCUAAGCCUGGAAUGUGUUUAACUUGUUCUAAGAGUUUGGUCUAAUGUCGGACCAAGAAAUUUGUUUACUGUUUUGCUUGCUGGCAUAUCUGAAAAGAGUGUUUUAUUCGUAGCAAAUAUAAGGCCAGUUGUAUUUUUUUAGAUAUUAAAAAAACAAUGCUCCAGUUUGA